AUGUCGAAUACAGCGCAGCCCCAAGAUAAGGCCGAGCCCUCCCAGCAGCCGCAGCAACAGAAGCCCCCCGUGCUCGAGGAAGACGACGAGUUUGAGGAUUUCCCCGUUGAAGACUGGCCUCAAGAAGAAACCGAGCAAGCGGCCAACGGGGCGAAUUCCCAUCUGUGGGAGGAAAGCUGGGAUGACGACGAUGCGGCCGAGGACUUUUCGAAGCAGUUGCAGUACGUGCUUUAG